AUGGCAGUAUUAUUCACAGAAUACUUUUCAAAGCAAUAUGUGACUAAAUGGAAUUCUAUUAGUGCAGUCAUAUGCUACUUCUUCAUGGCUAUAGCUUUCAUUUUACCUUUAAUUUUGGUUACAAGAACUCAUAAUUUCUGGGUAUCUAGACUCUCCUACUACGAGUAGCCAAAUGUCAACCAUUUGAAUGAAGCAUUGAUAGUUUUUUAAACAACUCAAGGUAUUGUUCUUAUUCUAACAUUCUAGAUUCAAAACUAUGAUAACAAUGAUGAUGGAAUUACUGAUAGAAUUAAAGCAAAAUUCACAGCAAUGAUUGACCCAAGUAUAAUUAGAAGUAUAGUAUUGAUUUAGCAAUUCUCAUAUGAAAUAUCUACUAAAGUUGAAGCAGAUAUUAAGCUAACUACAUAUAAUUUGAUUUAAUCGCCUUUUGGAGCUAAUAGAAUUGAGGCUCUUGGAACUAUUGAACUAAUCUAAAGAAAUACAUUCGCUCUUGGUUCUCUUAAGAGAGUUAUUAAUUAUGAUAGUGACGAUCUUUACACUUAACUUUAGGACAAGAGUAUCCUAGAGUUCCUAGAUUAUGUAAAUCAGCAGAACACCACUUUAGAGUAUAGAAUAGAGAACAUACAUACAAUUCCAGGCACUGGAAAUAUUGUCGAAAUUGAUUUAGAUAUGAGAAUACCAAGCUUAUAGCAGCUCGUAUAUGUGCCUGGUGUUCUUGAAAGCCUAAAAAUUGCUUGGAUUUAGUAUUUGGCUUUGCUAAUACCUUGCAUUUGGGUAAUUUAUCAGCUAAUUCUUGGAUUCGCUUUUAAAAAUAGAGUGUUAGCAACACAGACAAAAAGUAACAUUCAACUUCUCAGUAAAAUUAGAUGA